ACGAAUUAGCCUAAGUUAUUAAAGAUGGCGGCCGAGCGGAGUCGCUUCCCGAUGGACUCGCCGGUCCCUGCCUCUAUGUUCGCCCCCGAGCCCAGCUCUCCGGGGGCGGCCAGGGCCGCGGCGGCUGCCGCCCGGCUCCACGGCGGCUUCGACUCGGACUGCAGCGAGGACGGCGAGGCGCUCAACGGCGAACCGGAGCUGGACCUCACCAGCAAGCUGGUUCUAGUGAGCCCUACAUCAGAGCAGUAUGACAGCCUACUUCGGCAAAUGUGGGAGAGGAUGGACGAGGGAUGCGGAGAGACCAUAUAUGUCAUUGGGCAGGGAUCAGAUGGGACUGAGUACGGGCUGAGUGAAGCUGACAUGGAGGCCUCCUACGCCACAGUGAAGAGCAUGGCAGAACAAAUAGAGGCUGAUGUCAUCCUCCUCCGGGAACGCCAAGAAGCUGGGGGCCGUGUGCGCGAUUACCUGGUCCGGAAACGAGUAGGAGACAAUGACUUCCUGGAAGUCAGGGUAGCGGUAGUGGGCAACGUGGAUGCCGGCAAAAGCACGCUUCUGGGGGUCCUGACCCACGGGGAGCUGGACAAUGGCCGAGGCUUCGCCCGCCAGAAACUCUUCCGCCACAAACAUGAGAUUGAAUCUGGUCGCACCAGCAGUGUGGGCAACGACAUUCUGGGCUUUGACAGUGAAGGCAAUGUGGUAAACAAGCCAGACAGCCAUGGUGGCAGCCUGGAGUGGACAAAGAUCUGUGAGAAAUCCACUAAGGUGAUUACUUUCAUCGACUUGGCUGGCCAUGAGAAGUACCUGAAGACCACUGUCUUUGGCAUGACCGGCCAUUUGCCUGACUUCUGCAUGCUCAUGGUGGGCAGCAAUGCUGGCAUCGUGGGGAUGACAAAGGAGCACCUGGGCUUGGCAUUGGCACUCAAUGUGCCUGUCUUUGUGGUGGUCACCAAGAUUGACAUGUGUCCUGCCAACAUCCUGCAAGAAACCCUGAAGCUGUUACAGCGCCUGCUGAAGUCGCCCGGCUGCCGCAAGAUCCCCGUGUUGGUGCAGAGCAAGGAUGAUGUGAUCGUUACAGCCUCCAACUUCAGCUCUGAGAGGAUGUGCCCGAUAUUCCAGAUCUCCAACGUUACAGGCGAGAAUCUAGAUCUGCUGAAGAUGUUCCUCAACCUGCUGUCGCCUCGCACCAGUUACCGGGAGGAGGAGCCCGCUGAGUUUCAGAUUGACGACACCUACUCUGUCCCGGGUGUGGGAACAGUGGUGUCGGGGACAACGCUGAGGGGCCUGAUCAAGCUGAAUGACACGCUGCUGCUGGGCCCAGAUCCUUUGGGUAACUUCCUGUCUAUUGCUGUCAAAUCGAUCCAUCGCAAGCGCAUGCCUGUCAAGGAGGUGCGGGGGGGCCAGACGGCCUCCUUCGCACUGAAGAAGAUCAAGCGCUCGUCCAUCCGGAAGGGCAUGGUGAUGGUUUCUCCACGCUUGAAUCCCCAAGCAUCCUGGGAGUUCGAGGCCGAGAUCCUCGUCCUUCACCACCCCACCACAAUCAGCCCGCGGUACCAGGCCAUGGUGCACUGUGGGAGCAUCAGGCAGACAGCGACCAUCCUGAGCAUGGACAAGGACUGCCUGCGCACCGGGGACAAGGCCACCGUGCACUUCCGCUUCAUCAAGACCCCCGAGUACCUGCACAUAGACCAGCGGCUGGUGUUCCGGGAGGGCCGCACCAAGGCUGUAGGCACCAUCACUAAGCUCCUCCAGACCACCAACAAUUCCCCAAUGAACUCCAAGCCCCAGCAGAUUAAAAUGCAAUCGACGAAAAAGGGUCCCCUGCCCAAACGAGAAGAGGGGGGUCCCUCUGGAGGGCCGGCAGUAGGGGCACCCCCAACUGGAGAUGAAGCUUGCUCUCUAGCGGCUGCGCAGCCAGCUGCGUCCGGCGGUCUCCAGCCACAGCCCAAGCCCAGCAGCGGGGGCCGGCGACGGGGGGGCCAGCGUCACAAGGUGAAGUCCCAGGGGGCCUGCGUGCCUCCCGCCAGCGGCUGCUGAAUCUCCCCCAGCCCACCUCCACCACCCAAGGGAUCCUCGUUCUCUGGCCACCGCUCCACCAGAUGGGCCAGAGCAACUCUGACCACCGCUCGCCCUCCCCCAGGCCGCACCCGGAGCCUCGUCAUUCCCCCCGCCCCCGUUUUCCAGGGGGGGUUGUAACUUAUAAGCUGAGGACGGUGGCCAGACUUCUGGAGGACUGACCAUCUCCGACCCUCUUCCCCGCCUUCUUCCUCACUCGCACCUUUUUUGUACAUCUGGGCCCUUAGUUUUUAUUCUUUUUAUUACCUGUCUAUCUAUCUAUCUAUCUAGUGUGCGUGUGGGUGUGUGUGGGCGUGUGAGGUGCAGGAGUACGGCCGCUCAGGGCCUGGCAGUCUUCCUCCUUUCUCCUCCGUGGCUGGCCACCAGCCUCCAGGAGCUGGCUGGCUGCCUGUCUGUCUGUCCGUCCGUGUGUCUCGGUGAGAACCUUUCAGGGCUGUCAGGAGCUGAAGCGCACCCUCCUUCCCUGUGCUCGCUCUCCAGGGCGCCUGGAGCCCCGCCACGGAGCCGCCUCCGGGCUGAGGGGCGUCCAGGGCAAGUAUCUGCUGCUGCCAGAGCAGGGGGCCGUCCUUCUGCGACCUGGGGAUCUUAGCAGAGUGGAGAGCGGUGGUUCCCCUUUUCUCUUUCUCCCUCUUGUUUCCCUCAAACCCCAAACAGGUAAUGCCAAAAGCUCUUAGGCUGUAACUGUAGACGUGUGGAGGGUGUUGGUGACUGAGUCGUAGGACCCUCCUUGCCUCUCUGACCCUUGCCACUGACCUGAAGACAGCUGUGGCUCUUCUUUCCCCUUGGAGACAAUCCUUUGUUUGCCUGGCUGGCUGGGGUGACUCUUCUUCUGCGGAGUCUGCCGAGCUGGGGCUCUCACCUCGCCCUGGGGCCGCCUCCUGCUUGGACUUGGACUCUGAUUCUUGUUGGGCCUCAGGGCCCUGAUGAUCGGGCCUGGGGUCCACCUGCUCAGGGUCACGGUCAACAGCACCUCCUGUUGGCGGGGGUGCCAGGUGUUCCUCUGAGCCAGGCCGGGACUGGAACCCCUCCUUCCCCACCACGUCGCCCCAGCAUGGCUGCUACAGGAGCCCAGCAGUGAAGGGCCUGAGCCCCAGAUUUGGAAGCUCCAACUGGGGUACGGGGAGAGCAGGUAGGAGGUAGUAAAAAAGAUUCUUCCAGACCCAGCUCAGAGCAUUAAGCCCUUUGGAAGAAUCAUUGCCAGGGGUGGGGGUGGUGUUGCCCAGGCCAGAGAUGGCAGCACGGGCCCUGAACCAGCCUGCUCAGAGCUGUGGACUGAAGCCCUCGCUUUAGGGUGGACUGAUGGGCAGAGAUAUGUUCUUUCUCUAGCCUGGGACGCCCAUCUGGCUGGGUCCCUCCUCAGCCUCGCCUCCCUUCCACCCCCGACCCUUCGCCGCUGCUCCCCGCUCCUCCCCUCCUGUUUCUAGUUACCACUGACCUGUGGCCAUGGACCGACCAGACCAGCACACAAAAUAAAAGUUUGUUCCAAGUUGACGGUGUCCUGUUCCCUGCCCAGCCCCUCCAGGUGGAGGUGCGGCCACGGGGAGCUCCGUUGCUCUGCCUGCCCUAGAGCCCCCGGCUGCGGGCCGGGCCGGGAGGGGCCCAGCUUCUCCUGUCAGGCAGGCAUGGCUUCAAAACCCAGACUCCUCCGCCAGCUGUGACGCAGGACAAGUUGCCAUCCUCUGAACCUCAGUUUCCUCAUCUACAGCAAGAGCUGUGAUGGGGCGCAUCCCUGGGCCAGGUGCCAUGGUCAGGAGGAGAGGCGUGUGUUGAGUCCAGCUGGGCAACCACCCCUGGCCCUUGGAGCUGCUCGUUGGAGGCACUGAAUCUGGGGAGAUAAUUGCAGGGAAGGGCCAGGACCUGCUCCCUGGAACUGGCAAGAUUCUGGCUCUUCAGGGGACCCACCUCGUGCCAUCCCAACACAGGUACAAGGGACAAGGGUUUAAUUCCCACGGAGGGGGACUGCGGCACUGACUGCGGACAAGCUCAGUAGUAAAGUGGGUAACUUCUACCCUCUGCUCCAGUGGCACUGAGAGACGCAGGACAAGCCUCCUGCUUCACAGUGGGACAUCAGUGAUGGCUAAUAAAGCCACUCACUUUCUCCCGCCAGCCCUUGAGCCCAGAGUCACAGGCACAGGGCCUGCCUCAGGUCCCAUCUCCCAUCACAGCUGAGUUUUAGCCAAGAAGCCUGAGUUUCUAAAGCUUAGGAGGAAGCCUUUGGGGCAUUGUUUUGGCUAAGAAUUCAUUCUCUUUUUCCCAAGAACAGGGUCCCGUGCAAUGGCCAGAUAAAAACCACACACUCCACUAAUCCUGGGCAUAAUUUAUUUUUUGCAUAGGCAUAAAUUAGAAUCUGGAGAUACAAAAUUAAGAACCAAUAGUGCAGCAUUUGUGACAGGAGAGCGCAAAACAAAACCUGGUUGUCUGGAGGCAGGGCCAGUGCCAGAGGACCGAUCACAGGAUGGCCGGGGCCUCGCCUUCGUUCCAGCUCCGUUCUCCAUUCAGGGCGCCCACCUGCACAGCAGCCUUUCCUGCCACCUCCCCACAGGCUGGAACGAACCACAGAGUUGGAACCAGUGCCCCAAGCCCUUCUUGGCAGCCAGGUUACAAGGACCUGAACUUACCCGAGGCCCCACAGAACGGGGCUAGGAAUCAAGCCCUUAGCUUUUCAGUUAAAAAACAGACCUUGAAAAAUACAUACAUAAUAGAGCAGGGCCUGCUGGGUCCAAAAGCUCCCACUUCGGCCCCCCCCCCUCCUAACCCAGCCCCCCACCCCUGACUGUCCCCCAUAGAAAAUGAGUCAGAAUAGAAACAGAAUUGAGCAAGAGCUGAGAGAGCCCCCGGGAGUGGCUUAGGGUUAGGGGGCCUCUUACAUCAGCGGCCUGAUAGGGGUGGGGUAGGGCCAACAGUGCAGACAGACCUCCUCCCACCGUGGCACCCUGAGUGUCACUGUCAUUGUAUCGCUGGGCCACCACAAGAGCCCAGGGAGUCCCCUGAACACUUCUAGUUGACCCCAGAUGUUUAUGGCCUCGAAGGACAGGUCUGGGCACCCUGGGGGAAUGCAGCAAGCUUGUGCUGGGGCACAGGUAGGCCCUAGCAGGAGUGGGGAGCAGAGUGGACCCCAGUCCCAGCAUCAGGGGAGAGAAAGCAACUACUGUCCCCAGCAGAGGGGACUCCUACAGGGCCACAGAAGCAGUAACCCUCAGGCUCCCAGGAGCCAGACCCUCCAGGGUACAAGAAGCCCCAUGGCCCACCCUGACCCAGGACAAAUACAGUGUAUAGAAGCCCUUCAGGAAUGCUGUGGGCCUAGGCUGACGGCACUAGCUUUCUGGAGGAGCCCAGCUGCCUUCUCCCAGGAGCUUCCUGCCUGGGGACCAGUCCCAGCCUGCACCCUCCUGCCAGAGGACCUCACUUCUCUUGCCUAGGGAGGGGGCACAGCUCAGCUGCCCCAGGCCCUAGCCUGUUUCACCCACGGCUUUGGCACCUGCUUCGUUUAUGCAGCGCCCUGGGUGCCAGCCCCCGCACAUGGGCAAGGGGCAGGCAGGUCUCGUCCACCUUUGCCGGAACAUGAGCACUCAUCCCAUCUCUCCCUGCCUUGAUUUCCCACAACAUGCUACAUAUACACCCUCGCAGGAGGGAGAAAAAGACGCCCGGUGCCCGGCACGCAGAGAACAACAAAGAAGGAAAAGAGACGCCGGAGCCUGCUGACCGCUCGAGCCACCCGCCACUCAGGAAGAGCCUGCGUGUUCCUUCUCAUCUCCACUGGGCCAGGGGCUCUUCUUUCUUGCUCCCGGAAGUCAGUGCGCUUCAAGCGUGCGGGGGAAGAGGGGGGGUGCUGCGCAGCUACCCCCAGAGCAGGGGGCACGUGCUGAGAGGAGCUGGCCUCCCCGCUGGCGGCGGCGGCAGCACAGAGAAGGCCUAGGGGGCGGGUUCCCCAUGCACCCUGAAGCGGUAGAUACAGGUGUACUCGGGGUGGCCCCAGUUAGUCAAGAUCCGCAGCUCCACCACCUGGUACGUGGCCAUUUUAGGGCCCUG